CCCGGAAGCUGAUGCGAGUCCCGCCCCUGGCACCUGGGGAGGCAAGAUAGGAACGGCCCCUCGAGUUGACACCUCCGUUCCUCGCCUUCUUCACUGACAUCAUGCUCCAAUUCCUGCUUGGAUUUACUUUUGGCAACCUGGUUGGAAUGUAUCUGGCUCAGAAUUAUGACAUACCAAACCUGGCUAAAAAACUUGAAGAAAUUAAAAAGGACUUGGAUGCCAAGAAGAAGCCCCCUAGUCCAUGAGGCCGGCUCCAGCACUGCCCCCCGGAGGCCUCUCCUGCGGGCCUCCUCCACCCCGUGAACCAAAAGCCUGUGUCUUACUCUCCAGUCUCCGCCUCCGCUCCACCCCGCGCGGCCUUUGAGCACACACAGGGGCCACCAGUUAAGAACUGCCCUGACAUUUCCAACGCCCUCACCUCUUCCCUUCCUCCUGCCAGUCGCUUGGGGGUCCCGAGGCUGGAAUUGUGGUGCUAGAUUAGUAAACAUGGCCUUUAAUUAGUGGUCUCUCCCUUAUUCUUUGGGACUUCUACUGCCUUUUUCAUAAGAAAACUCGCUGAGUUUUGUAUAGCUGAUCAGAUAUAAAUAAUGCCGAUUUCACAGUUUAGCGAUUAUAAUAGGUGUUGAAACAUUUGGUACUAAAUUAUGUUGAUUCAAGGUCAUGAAAAUUAAAAUCUAGAAGCCAGUUUCUGGUGAAUUAUCCAUUUACUCUAUGCUGUUCUCAGUAUAACUGAGAUAUAUAACUCCACAGUUGCUAACUUAACCAAUAAAUCAAUUUACUACUCCAACCAAGAAACUACAUUCUGAGAACCCCAUCAGGAACUGGGGAAUCAAAAAAUAUGUAAAAUAAUGGUGUUUGUCCUCAGUAGACUUCAUAGUCUAGUAUGCGCAUUUUUUCUUGAUGAUGUAUUUGAUCUGGCUCUUUUCCCUCAAAAAAAUCAUACUUAUUUUAAGAGAUUAUAGGUACAUUUGACAUUACAUGAGGGAAAAAUGAUGCCUUUUCACAUUAAAAAAAGGUAUUUACAUUACAACUAGAGUGAUUCUCACAAGAAACCUUUUUUUCCUGCAGUCAGAAAUUACCACUAUAAUUUGUUAAAUGUAUAUUCAGUCCAUUUUUAAAAGUUAAAAAUGUUCAUAUCACUUUUCUGCAAUUGACUCAAUAAAGGGCCUCUCCCACCCCCUAGCUCCUAGUUGCUCUCCCAGGGGCAGGCACUGUUCUCUGUUUACUGUGCACUUUUGAGAAGGAUUCUGUGCCUGAACAAACACGCGUGCACGGGGCUUUUUACCCAGAUGAUAACAACUAUACGCAGGCUUUGCCCCGACCUUUUCCUCCCCACUCCAUUGUCAGUAUGUAAGGAAUAAGGAAUCUCCCUUUCUGGCUACAUAAGAGUCAGUUGAAUGGAUAUACCAUAAUUUAUUUAACCUAUUACUGAUGAAUAGUUACGUUGUUUCCUGUCUUCUGCAGUUACAGUGAUAACCCUGAACCUAUUAUACACAUCUAGGCAGGGUAUAGCCAUAAGCGAAUGCCCUAAAACUGUCAUUUGCACUAAAUAUAAGUAAAGUCCCAUUUCGUUGUGUGUCUUUGUUUUGGAGGGCUUGCUGGGCAGCUUCACUGAUAAUGCCUCUUCGAAGGAUGUUCUAGCAGAAGCAGUAACUGGAAGAUUGUUUAGAGACACCUCUUUCCAGACAGGGGUGAUGCUGAGACUAUACACACAAGUAGAAAAUGCAGUGAUUCUACUCUGAAAGUGCGCGGCGCUGGUGCGCGGAGAUGCGCUGUACCCAUCGGCGCACCCUGGGGUGGGGCAGAUCAGGAGCAUAUCACGGUCGGGCUUCUCCCUCGCAGUGUGACCGUGGGCAGACAGCUUAUUUCUCUGAAACUGUUGUGUUCUCUGUAAGACCUGGACGCAAUACCUACCUCAUAGGCUUCCAUGAGCAACAAUGGAGAUAAUGUAUGUGAUAUGCAGUGCUUUGCAGAUUUACCCAAUAAAUAGUAGAUCUUAGCUCAGACGUGC